AUGAAACGUUUCCUCAAAUCAAGUACAAUCUCUAAAAUUCUAAUCAUUGGUGUUUUUUUAUCAACGCUUACAGUAAUUCAAGCAACGCAACAGCAUCACAGCAGCAACAGCAACAUUAGUGACAACUCAACAAAUUUAGAGAUGCCCGCCAGAUCAAUUGCUAAAAUAAUCACUGCUAGACAGCAAGCAGAAGGUGUCGGCGCUAGAGUCAGAAGAUCAAUUGGUAUAAUGAACCAAAGAAAAUUUGACCCCUUUUUGAUGUUUGACCAUUUUUCAGGUACUGGUAAAAAUGGGUUCCCCGAGCAUCCUCAUCGUGGUCAAGAGACUAUAACCUUGAUGUUGCAAGGUGCUUUUGCUCAUGAAGAUUUUACAGGGUCAAAGGGAAUUUUGUAUCCUGGUGAUUUACAAUUUAUGACUGCCGGUAGAGGUGUCGUGCAUUCAGAAAUGCCCGUGCCCAAUGAAGAUGGCUCGCCAAUUUCUGGUUUGCAAUUGUGGGUCGAUUUGCCCAACGAGUUGAAAGAUACCGAGCCUAGAUAUAGAGAUUUGAGAGAGUGGGAAGUGCCAGUCAUUACAGCAGAAGGUGGCAAAGUUAUUGUUCGCGUUAUCAGUGGUAGAAGUUACGGAGCCGAGUCAGUUAAGGACUUGGCAUACACACCUGUGGAUUAUUACUACUACACUCUUAAGGCUGGUGGUGAGUUCAAACAAGAAUUAACACCAGGGUUCAACUAUUUCCUUUACGUCUUAAAAGGUAAUACUUUAGUGUUAAACGACGAUCAAAAGAUUAACCAGUAUCAAAAUGUGUUUUAUGAAGAAGAAGGCGACUUUGCCAUAGGUAGAAACUCGGCUACUGAAAACACAGACGAAAAUGACGUGGAAUUCGUGUUGGUUGGUGGUAAGAAAUUAAAUCAAGAAGUUGUACAGUAUGGUCCAUUUGUCGUUAGUCGUAAAGAGGAUGUUCAAAAAGCCAUCCUCGACUACCAAUUUGCCCAAAAUGGAUUUGAGAAUGUUAGAACGUGGAAAACAUUGAUUAGCAACGGUGUUACUCCUGAAAUGAUUGAAGGUCCGCUCCAAGGUAAUCUUGAAUUGAGAGCUAAAAAGAGAGCAGCUUAUUUCGAACAGAAGAAACAAUUGCAGGCUGAAAAGGCUAAAAAGGCUGAAAAAGUUGCUCAACUUGAGAAAGUUGAAAAAGAAGUAUUGAAAGAUGAGCUCUGA